AUGAAGUACCGGCCCCGCGUCGUGACGAUUGAGUACAACUCUGCAAUUCCCGCCAACCAGCGCCGCGUCAUCGAUCCUGCCGACAAGCAGCACUGGACAGGGACAACCUAUUGCAGCGCAUCGCUCCUGGCGCUGCAUGAUCUGGGGAGGCUCAAGGGCUACACUCUGGUCGCGACCGAUAAGCACGGCAUCAAUGCCUUUUUCGUGCGGACGGACAUCCUCGAGUGCCAGAAAGUGCAGGCCAUGUUUUGGGCAGCUCCAGACACAUUCAUGCUCGAAUUCCUUCCCACUGAGAUGUGGGGCGUUGUGGUGUGGGAGGAGGCCGGUCAGAACGGAGCGCGGGUCUUCGUGCUACUGGUCACCUCGCACGAUGAGCAGCACAACAUGUACAUCGACCCUUUUCUGGUGGCGUCAGCGUUGCAGCAGCAGCUGGGCGUCGUGCCCCCUGCGGAGCCGCAGCCGUAUUAUAAAUGGGACUUGCAGCAACUGAAUAGGAAGCUGGCUUGA